UCCUACGGCACGGCGGAGGUGGCAAGAUGGCCGCGGCUGAGGAGGAAGGUGGUGUUGGGGCCGAAGCCGACCGGGAAUUGGAAGAGCUGCUGGAAAGUGCUCUUGAUGAUUUCGAUAAGGCCAAACCCUCUCCAGCACCCCCUCCUACCACCACAGCCCCUGAUGCUUCGGGGUCCCAGAAGAGAUCGCCGGGAGAUACUGCCAAAGAUGCCCUCUUCGCCUCCCAAGAGAAGUUUUUCCAGGAACUGUUUGACAGCGAGCUGGCUUCCCAAGCCACUGCAGAGUUUGAGAAAGCAAUGAAGGAGUUGGCUGAGGAAGAGCCCCACCUGGUAGAGCAGUUCCAAAAGCUCUCAGAGGCUGCUGGGAGAGUAGGCAGUGAUGCGACUUCCCAACAAGAAUUCACUUCUUGCCUAAAGGAGACAUUAAGUGGACUAGCCAAGAAUGCCACUGACCUUCAGAACUCUGGCAUGUCAGAAGAGGAGCUGACCAAGGCCAUGGAAGGGCUGGGCAUGGACGAAGGAGACGGGGAAGGGACCAUCCUCCCCAUCAUGCAGAGUAUCAUGCAGAACCUCCUGUCCAAGGAUGUGCUGUACCCGUCACUGAAAGAGAUCACAGAAAAGUAUCCAGAAUGGUUGCAGACUCACCGAGAAUCUCUACUUCCAGAGCAGUUUGAAAAAUAUCAGGAACAACACAGUGUCAUGGGCAAAAUAUGUGAGCAGUUUGAGGCAGAAACCCCCACAGAUAGUGAGGGCACUCAAAAGGCUCGUUUUGAGGUGGUGCUGGAUCUCAUGCAGCAGCUACAGGAUUUGGGCCAUCCUCCAAAAGAGCUUGCUGGGGAGAUGCCUCCUGGCCUCAACUUUGACCUGGAUGCCCUCAAUCUCUCGGGCCCACCAGGUGCCAAUGGCGAACAGUGUCUGAUCAUGUGAAACACAACAUGCUUUCUUCCCUGAUUCCCAGCCGUGGGGGAACGUCUGGAGUCAGCAGCACCACUGGGAGCUGAGGCAGGAGUGUCGUCUACAGGAGUGGUCUGCCCACUGCCAUCUGUCAUCCCACCCAAGAUUGUGCCAUACCAGCUGAGGCUUUUUCUGUGUCCUUCUAGGAAUAAGGCCUGUUCUGCAGAUCAUUUCUGUGAACCCUUUCCAUUGUGGUUUCUGCUGCUAGCAAAGGCCCAGCUACCUACCAGGUGAAGGAAGGCGUCCCUUUUGGGGCAUGCACCUUCUUUCCUCUCCCAAAAUAAUGUUAUACAGGGCCACACUGAGUUCAGUUUUGUACCCAGGGUCUUCGUGCCUUGUCUCUACUCCCUGUCUUGGACCUGGGGAGCAGGGACAGAGUCCUAGGACUCUAUAUUUCUAUAGUUCUCUUGGGCAGCACCUGUGGGAAUGAAUGGGGAGAAACUUAGCCUGGGCUGGGGGUUUAGGUCUGUCACCGCACCCUCUUGCCUUCAGACUGUUCUGAAUUCUCUGAAGGGAAAGUAAGUGAGGGGACUUUUGCAUCUAAAAAUGCUACUCUUUCACAGUAGGUUGAAAUAGAAGCCCUGGGAUUCUCCUCUCUCCAGGUACAGAGUCCUCAACUCCCUGUACCAGCCUGAAAACUCAAGUAGCUGCCCUGUUCUUUCUAUAAUGCUAUGUGAUCUGGAUGAACUCAGCCCUUGACCUUCCUUUACCCCCUGCCUCUCCUCUCAUCUCUCUAUUUUAAAUACCUCUUUAUUCCAACCCUUCUCUGAGCCCAAACUGUGACAAAGAAGGGUCCAUCCUGUUUCCCCUCAUCUAGUCCAUCCACCACCCUCACUGGCCCCCCUAUCACCCUGGCAAACGUAUAUAAUUAUAGUGUCAGGUCUAGGAAAUGAAUUACUGUUCUUCCCCAGAUACAUUUUGGCUUAUUUGAGACAUCUCAUUUGUUUGAAUCCUGUUCACUGAUUCAGGGAGGUAGCUUGGGAAAGGUGGGGUAGGAUUCAGCCUGGGUCCUUUUUCCUGACUAAUAAAUAUUCUGAGUGAGGGAUUGUAGCCUGUUUUUCAUCCAAGUCUUUUCCUAAUCUUCCUCAGCUUCUCUAAGCUGCUGUGUGAGGAAUGUUAGCAUAACAUUGCAUUGCUGGGUUCUACCACCAUUUCCCUUCCCCAGCUCAGUCUGCACCCCAGUCGGCAAAGGAGACUGAAUGGGCCAUCUUUCCUCAUUUUCUCUGAAUAUUUCAAUUUGGGAAGCCCUUCGAUUGGUAUUGUAUUUUAACAUUUCACAGUAUUAUUAUUAAUGUUAGUAAUAUAUUGUUAACAUGUUUACUAAAUUAUUUUUCUUUGAGCUGACCUUGCUUUUCUCUGUGGGAACCAGUGAAUCUGUAGACCUUGGCUGCCACAUGUUUGUGGAUACUCUGGUCAGACCAGCUGGCUGUCCUGGUUCAGGACUCAGAAAAUAACUUCCAGAGCAAAUUCGUACUUAUCAUUUGUGGCACUUUGAGCUCCUGACAUGUCACUUUCCCUUGGGUUAAGACUUUUCACCCCUUAAGAUCCCACACAUUCUGUGGUAUUGGCGAGGAAGGAAAUGUUCUUAAGGCCUAAGGCUGUUCGGGAAGGUCCAGCUACUGUACCUUAGAGUACAGAAGAGCCCGGGUCUGAAUCUGAGACUCCUCUCCUCUGCAAGAGAUGGGAAAGUACAGGCAGAGUUGUGAUGAUGGUCACAGGACGUGAAUGGUCAAAAUUCUCUCCUUAUAACUCUAGCCAAAAACUGGAUGAGGAAAGAGAAAAAGGAAGGAAGAACGAAAGGGCCUUGCGCCUUGAACUAUGUGCCAGUUUUCCUUUACACAUUCUUACUUCUGCUGGCCUGGCCAGGGCUUACGCCAGGAACCUAAACAGAUGCCACCUUAGUUUUGUUCCCAAGCCAUUCAUUUUCAUUUUGAUUUUGAUUGAACAUGAACAAAUUGACCUCAGGUUACUCUCUGUUCCAAAAAUACUAUUUGAAUUAUUCUAGGACUUGUGGAAAGAUGGAGCGGUCCUUCUCAAACUGUGGUAAGGGACCAGGUUUUUUUGUUUUAUAAGUAUCCUGUCCUUUGUCCACCAAUAUGUGUUCCAUAUGCGCAGUUCACACUGUGGGCUACCCACCACACAAGUUUGACAACACCAAACUGACCAGACCUCUUCCGCAGGAUAAGGCCACUGAUCAUGCAUUUGGAUAUUAUAGCAGUCAAAAUGCUAGGGACUUCCCUGGCAGUCCAAUGGUUAGGACUCCGAGCUUCCACUGCAGGGGUCAUGGAUGGGUUCGAUCCCUGGUUGGGGAACUAAGAUCCCGCAUGCCCCACGGCACGGCCAAAUAAAUAAAUAAAUAAAAAUGCUAAAUGGUUUCUGAA